AUGUUCACUCGCGCCACUUCACGUACUUCAUGGACAUUACGUCGCGCCUACUCUUCAGCCACCCCUGGUCAUCAGAAAGUAGCGGUCUUGGGUGCUGCAGGAGGUAUUGGCCAACCCUUGUCACUACUACUUAAGGACUGCGACCAUAUCAAGCAUCUGAGCCUUUUUGAUGUCGUCAACACGCCUGGUGUGGCUGCGGAUAUUGGUCACAUUAACACAACCGCCAAGGUAACGGGCCAUAUGGGUAUGGAGCAAGUGGGUGAGGCUCUCAAGGAUGCUGACGUAGUAGUUGUCCCGGCUGGUGUGCCUCGUAAGCCUGGUAUGACGCGUGACGACCUGUUCAACACGAACGCUGGCAUUGUGCAGUCUCUCGCCCAGGCUGCUGCCGAGCACUGUCCGAAUGCCAUGAUGCUGAUUAUUGCCAACCCUGUUAACUCUACUGUACCUAUCGUGGCUGAGACGUUCAAGAAAGCUGGUGUGUACGACCCCAAGCGUCUUUUCGGUGUCACGACACUUGAUGUUGUCCGUGCUGCGUGCUUUGUGGCCGAGAACCAACAGUGGAACCCACGUGAUACUAAUGUUAAGGUGAUUGGCGGCCAUGCAGGCACCACUAUCUUGCCACUGCUGUCACAGCUUGAAAACGCCAAGUUCUCGGAUGAGGAUAUUGCUAAGCUUACCCACCGCAUCCAAUUUGGUGGUGAUGAGGUCGUGCAAGCCAAGAACGGCACAGGAUCAGCAACACUUUCGAUGGCGUACGCUGGCGCACGCUUCACCGUCCGACUCUUGGACGCCAUGAAUGGUGCCAUGGACGUUGUCGAGUGCUCAUACACGCAGAACGACGUGACAAAGCUGCCAUUCUUCUCGACGCCCGUGACACUUGGCCCCAACGGUGUAGAGAAGGUGCACCACUUUGGUAAGCUGUCGUCUGUGGAACAGGCCAACUUUGACGAGAUGAUUGUGGCUCUUGAGAGUCAAAUCAAGAAGGGAGUGGACUUUGCCAAGCAGAAGUAA